CCAGCUAUACUGAUCCUCUGCCCAGACUCUCGGUAUAAAACGGCAAUCCUGUCCCUGGAAACUUAAAAAGAAGGAGCUGCCUAUGGCUUCUGUGUAGACAACUUGAACUUUGAACAGCAGGCUGGGGUGUUCUGAAGGUUACAAAUCAGAGAACAACAGGCAAUUGUCCAGAGGUUGCUGCUUGCAGUUGGCUCCCAAGCCAUCCUGCUCCGGACGGCUUCUAGCAAGAGUUCAGGGUGAGUGUUUGGGGAAUCAGGGCUGUCGUAGCCUCGCAGGACAGGCGGCAUCCUGAUUUCGUAUCAGGGUAGCUGGGAAGGCUGCUUUCAUUUUGCUCUCUGUGUUUCCUCUCAGCAGGGCAGAAAACACCACUCAGUGGUCCCUUGGCCAGCUGCCAAUGCCCCAGCUGACAGCCAUCCCAGCAAGUGCCCUUGCUGAUGAGCCCGUGCACAUCCGAGCCACUGGCUUGCCUCCAAUGCAGCUGGUGACCCUCAUGGCGACUCUGAAGGAUGAGAGGGGAAAUCUGUUCCAGUCUAAAGCCUUUUACAGGGCGAACGAGGCUGGUGAGCUGGACCUGAAGCAGGCUCCUUCCUUAGGAGGCAACUACGUAGGGGUCCACCCGAUGGGCCUCUUUUGGUCUCUGAAGCCUCAGAGGCCUUUCGGGAGGCUGCUGAAGAAGGAUGUGAUGAACAGCCCCUUUUCUGUCACUCUGGACUUGUACAACUCGGUUUACUUCCUGGAGUCAGCCAUCGUGCAGCCUAGUGCCAGUCAGGUGGUGCAGCGCUGGUUCCGACGCCCAGGGACGCAGCGGGUGCAGAUCCGAGAAGGCCGCCUGCGAGGAGCCCUUUUUCUCCCCCCAGGAGAAGGCCCUUUCCCUGGAAUCAUCGAUUUGUUUGGGGGCCUGGGGGGUCUAGUUGAAUUCCGAGCCAGUCUUUUGGCUGCCCAUGGCUUUGCAGUCCUGGCAUUAGCAUAUUUUGCCUAUGACGACCUGCCCGAACUACUGCUGGAGGUGGACCUGGAAUAUUUUGAGGAAGCUGCCAACUUGCUACUAGCUCAUCCCAAGAUCCAAGGGCCAGGAAUUGGAGUGAUGUCUGUGAGCAAAGGUGCAGAGAUUGGGCUGGCCAUGGCCUGCUUCCUGAAGCAGGUGGUAGCCACUGUCUGCAUCAAUGGGACCAAUGCCAUCUUUGACUUUCCACUCAAGUACAGGGAUCUGGUCAUGUUACCCAUCCACUCAUUUUUGGAGCGCACGGACACUGACGUCUCAGGGGCCGUGCGUCUCUGCCACUACCGGGGAGACCCCCGGGAUAAAGCGAAUCAGCAGAGCGUGUUGCCCAUUGAAAAGGCUCAAGGUCAGAUCCUCUUCAUAAUAGGAGAGAAUGACCAAUCGAUGAAUAGUAGAGAAUAUGCUAAGCAGGCUCUGGAGCAGCUGAAGAGUCAUGGGAAAAGCAAUGGAAGGAUGCUGGUCUACCCUGGGGCAGGCCACCUCAUAGAGCCACCCUAUGCGCCUCUAUGCUACGCUUCACGGAACAAUGUCAGGUCCCUAAUCCUGCUCUGGGGAGGGGACCCUGUUGGGCACGCGGCUGCCCAGGAGCACGCCUGGGGAGAGAUCCAGAAGUUCUUCAGGCAACACCUCACACAAACCAGAAGCCAACUGUGAGCAAGGGCUAAGGGUGAGAUAAUGUAGGGAGACAAAAAAUGAGGAUAAGGCAGGGAUGUGGUAAGGAGAGGGGGCUCUCCUGAUUUCUCUCUAUUCACAGUCAUCUUGAAUGAACUGGGCUACAAAUGGUCAAAAUCAAAGGACCAGGGCAUAGGUUCACCUGAAAUAUUUCUGAUAAAUUGUACGUAUUUUGAAGUUUUGUGAAUUGAGUUUUAGUUUAAUAUGUACCAGGACUAUGUUGCUAUCUUAGUGUGAACAAUAAUCUUUUAUACCCCAGUUUGGAUCCAGGUUUUGCCAAUCUAGAUAAAUUCCCUGGGACUUCAAAGUUAUUUGUAGAAAUAUGUUUUCUGCUUGAACUAUUUUGAGUUGAGUCUGUGACACUUGAUAUGAAAAGCUCUAAUACCACCAUCAAGGGUGAUGCUUGCCAUAGAUUGCCAGUAGAUACUUUAACUUCAGUUUUUAAGAAUAGGAAUACUUUUUAUUUGUGAAACAUAUUAUCACAACUUCAAUCAGGAGUUGCAUUGAAUUUAAUCAAGUGUCUUCAUAGCAUUUAUUGACAUUAAAUGAAUGAAUGUAUUUAAAGCACUUGGAACAGUGCUUGGCACACAGAAAUUCCUACAUGAGUUAGCUAUUAUAAUUUUCAUAAUGCCUUCCUCCUUCAAUCUGAUAAUGUGGUGAAUUACAUUCAGUAAUGAACUAAUUGUGCUUUCUCAUAUUGACUAGUUUUAAAAUUUACUGUGGAGCCAAUAAAUUUUCACUCGUAUUUUCUGGAGCACA